UUAUUCUAAUCGUUUGUCGUGAACGGUUCGGUGCAACAAAUAAACUGCCCAAAGUUAGUGAAAGUUCAAAAGCAGAAAUCCGUCGGUUGUACGCCCAGCACUCGUGCAAGAAAAUAGUAGUGAGCGAAACCAUUUCAAGAUAUUUGUUUACAUCGCGCGGCUGUCAGCAAUGAAUCGCUAGAAGUGGAAGAAAGUGCUAAUCAAAACACAAACACACGGUGGGGUCUUGUACGCGGUGUAAUCUGGCUAUGAAAUCGAAAAUUCAUACGUUGAACCGUCUGAAAAGUGAAGUGAAUAUUCCUCAUCUAGCAAGCCUUGUCCUGUAAAUGUGCCGCGACGUUGUGCGUUGAAUGCUGUGAGCAAAUUUGUGUGUGGCCGAAUUUGGUGAAUUUCCAGCGGGAGUGGUAGUAGUCGUCGGUGCAAAGGCCACAAAUUUCGCAAUCACAAAAGUGCAAUUUCGAAAGAAAGAAUCAUUUACCAACGAAUCGUGUGAGCAGCGUGCUGCAGCGUUAUGGCAAAGAUGCAGGAAAACUGGCGCGAUGUCAUUGCCGAUAGACUACGGGAGCGAAAUAAAAAUGAAUCGGCACGGUUUGCUGAUAUUAUACACUACAAUAACCGAUUGUUCGAUACGGCCGCCAAGCUGCGACAGGAAAAUUUGGAUUUGAAAAUUGAUCGAAAAAUACGGGACAGUGUGAAUGUGGCGGGAACGGCGGGUGGUAGUGGCACCGGUUUCGGGACGGACGUGGCAGCCAUAACAAAUGCGCAAAUUCAAUCGCUCGAAAAGAAGGUGCUUGCCCAACAGGAAGAGCUGACGGACCUGCACAAACGAAAGGGCGAACAUUCGCAAAUGGUGAUCACCCUGAACCAGCGGUUGUCCGAUCUGCAGAGACUGCUGGUCGAGAGGGAGCGCGCGCUGGCCGAGAAAACGGCCCUGUCCGUCGCACUGAAGGAGGAGUUGGAUGAGCUGAAAGCAUCGCACGUUACCAUAAAGGAUGAAUCGCUAGCCUCGCAGUUGCGCGCCAAUACGGCCGAAGACAAGCUGCGCACAGUGCAGGACGAAAACACCAAGCUGCUCAACCUGCUGAUGGAGUACAAAUCGCGCGAUGCCGAGAUUAUGAACAAGGAAAAUGAUAAGUUUGUGAAGGAGAAAAAGGCACGCAUCGAAAGCGAACUCGAACGGGCGAUACGGGACAUUCCGGGUCCUUCGUCGCUCGGACCCGACCUGGACCGGUUCGAUAUAGACGGCCUGCCGGAAGGUGUCGAGUUUAAGUUUGAUGCUCACGAUGGCGAGGUAAAUGCGGUGCGCUGGAGUCCGAUUGAGCGUAUCGUGGCCACCGGUGGUGCUGACCGGAAGGUGAAGCUGUGGGACGUGGGGAAAGGUAUCUGUGAGCAGCGUGGUGUGCUUGUAGGCAGCAAUCAAGGCAUCAAUUCGGUAGAGUUUGAUACGACCGGUUCCAUGAUUUUGGCCGCGUCCAACGAUUCUGCCAGCCGGAUGUGGUCGGUCGUGGAUCAUCGAUUAAGGCACACCUUAACUGGACACAGCGGAAAGGUGUUGGCGGCCAAAUUUCUUGGAUCCGCUUUCCUCGUCACAGGAAGCCACGAUCGAACACUCAAAAUAUGGGACCUCAAAAACCGUUCAUGUACCGAAACAAAGUUUGCUGGUUCGAGCUGCAACGAUCUAGUCACGACGGAUAGUUUCUCCUUCAUUAGUGCGCACGUGGACAAGAAGAUACGCUUCUGGGAUGUGCGGACGGCGGAUUGUACCGCGAACGAUAUACCACUGCAGGGAAAGAUUACCUCGCUCGAUCUGUCCAAGGAUGGGAAGUUUCUGCUAAGCUGCGUGCGGGACGAUACGAUCAAUCUGCUAGAUUUGCGUCAGAACCGUAUCGUACGCACAUUUCGUAAUGAUAACUUUAAGGUUGGAUGUGACUGGUCGAGGGUAGCGUUCAGUCCGUCCAGCUCUCGGAUAGCGGCCGGUUCGGCUGAUGGAUCCGUGUUCAUUUGGAACAUCAACGGACCUCUAGAGACGGUGCUGAAGGAUCCCAAGACUACUGACCGGAAUUGGUUUUUUCACAGUGGAAGCGGUGCGGCGGUCACGGCCGUCAGCUGGCAUCCGUUCAGCUCCACCCUGGCGUCGGUCGAUCGGGCCAAAAAGUGUACGAUCUGGUCGAACGCUUAACCCGACCGGGCAGUAUGCAACAGCACACACAGUCUUUAUUGUCAACGGCAGGAUACGGCAGAACACGAGCCGGCCCCCCGCCGGAAUGUCUCUCCACCACCCGCGCCGCCACCGUUCGUGCGCCGUUGUUGGCGGAUGCUGUUAAUGUUUUCCCUACUAUCGUCGUUCUUCGUGAUCGCAGGCUCCUGUUCGAUGCCGGCUUCGUUGUAGAUUGGACAGGAUGCUUCCUUUUUAAUGCGAAUGGGGUUGCGGCAGAGCGUGGUUGCUACUACAUCUUUACGGUUUUUUCUUCUGUUUCUUACUCAUUAACAUUAACAGGUAAGCACAAGGGCCUUUUUGCCGGAGCGGAAGAACUGCUACCAUUUCGUUCAAUCGUGCAGGAUCUUUUGCAUUAAUAAAAUAUUACAAAAAACAAAC